GAACAGGAACGUUGAAUUUCGCAGGUCGCGUCGUUUAUAAAAAAUAAGAAUGCAUGACUUGCGAAAGAGAUUGCAACACAGCAAUACAACUGCCGUUCAAUCCCAGCAACUCAACGCACGGCCGAGACGGAGAAGAAGAAGAAAGAAGAAAGAAGAGGAAGGAAGAAGGAAGAGACGAGAAAGCUCCGAACCCAGGCACAACUCUACCUGAAGUUAUGCAGUCGCUCUUCGGCUGCUUUUGCAUGAGGAAAGGUCAACCAAAAGCUGGUUAUGACGAUCCAAUCAUUCUUGCUUCGGAGACACCUUUUACUGUGAAUGAAGUGGAGGCUUUGUAUGACCUUUUCAAGAAACUAAGCAGUACCAUAAUUGACGAUGGUCUUAUUCACAAGGAAGAGUUUCAGCUUGCACUAUUCAGAAACAGUAACAGGCAGAAUCUUUUUGCAGAUAGGGUAUUUGAUCUAUUUGAUGUGAACCGUAGCGGGAUGAUAGAAUUUGGAGAAUUUGUCCGGUCAUUAAGUGUCUUCCACCCAAAUGCUCCUGAAGCAGACAAAAUUGACUUUGCUUUUAGAUUAUAUGAUUUAAGGCAGACUGGUUACAUUGAGCAAGAGGAGUUGAAGGAGAUGGUACUGGCUCUUCUCAGUGAAUCAGAUCUGACACUUUCCAAUGAGUGCAUAGACACAAUUGUUUGUAAGACAAUCACAGAGGCGGAUACAAAAGAAGACGGGAAGAUCGAUCAAGAGGAGUGGAGAGAGUUCGUGACGAAGAAACCUUCCCUCAUGAAAAACAUGACUCUUCCAUAUCUAAAGGAGAUAACCUUAGCAUUUCCAAGUUUUGUGAUGAACACUGAAGUUCAGGAUUAAGCAGAAAGGUAUUGGUGCAAGACUCCAUUUCCGAUCAAGGCCGGUCAUACCAAGAAAGAGUGAUCCGGUACCAUGAGCCAUUUAACUCUCUCGGUGCACUGGGUGCAGCACAGAGAAGAUAAUUGAAAAAUGCACAGAACUCUGGCUCUGCCAAGCACCGAGUGUCGGAUGAAAUCAUCGUGCAGCUAGAAAUCUUGCGGCUAAUUUCUCCCAAGAUUCAAUCGGUGUUUCUGAUGUAUGACCAACUCAGAUGGAAUUAGAUUGACAUCCAAGUAAACACACUCGUUGAGAGUAAACCUAACUUGUUAAUCUGUUUAUUGAGCUGGAAUACAAGUGUUGAGUAAA